GAUGUUGACUUUCAGCCAGUAUCAUUUGCGCCGUUAUCUUGUCCGAAUUACAGGAAUCUUCUUUGGGUUGGUGAUGACCCUGAAACUUUCGAUAAACCGACAUCCUUCCGUGUUUCGUAUCAUUCAAACAAGUUUUCUCGACUCAUGCUUGAUGAGUUCGACUUCGAAACUUGGAUAUCUGAUUUGACCAGAGACUCUGUUGGGCGUGUUGGCAGAAAAUACCGGCUAAACAAUGUGGCCAAGUCAAUCAAUUUGGAUGCCCCCAGCAUCCUCGGUUUGGGUGUGGCUGCCAGCUCGAAUGCCAAACGCGUACGCAAACUUCUCGGAGGAGCAAAGGCCAUUUUUAAUGAUCCUGUUUAUUUCGACACUCUUCGCAACAGCAUGAUUCGUCACUUUUUUAACGAGGAAAAGCUAUGCUACAAAUCGGAAGCCAUGCUCUCGCAUCCCUACGGCCAUGGUGCCACCACAGGCCUGUCCAUGCGCACUGUGGCGCCUAGCAUCACACUGCAAAACUCUUUUGAACUCGAAGGCGAAUGUACACCGUCACAACAGGGCAAGCAGUGUUCCCAGCAAGGCUACUCUCAAUCGCUACGCCAAGGAAAGCAUCAGCAACAACAACCACAACCCAAACCACAACCACAUCAACAGAAGCAGCAGCGGCAACAAAAAGAAGAGGGGCAGCAGCCGCAGAAGCAGUUGCAACGUCAGCGGCAGCAGAGGCCACAUUUGCGAUCGUCUCGUCAGUCGCAGACAGCAGGUCCGCAGCGCAGGAAAACCAAGCCUACCGAAAGCCCAAACAAGCUCAAGAAUCGGUUCCAGGUCGGCCUCGAUCAGACUGCCGAGACGCUCACUUCGCUGGUGUCCUGCGAUGACAUGGCGGCCUCACAUGGCUCGGGCGGCCUUCCAGCUGACCAGAUCAAGGCCCCGGAUCCACGACAACCACACUCGCGGUCGGGCUCGGCCGAGAUCGUCUCGACGGGCCAGCAGAAACGAAAAUGUGGCCCUAUGCGUGGCAGUCGAGUGGUGCGAAUAGAGGAUCCGGACUCGGAGUUGACGCGUUCCGGUGAGAUCGGUCGAUUUGCUCUACGGCUGGAUGCCAACAGUUUCACCGAACCCGUACGCUAUCAACCCACCGGCUCGGGGCUCAGCUCUAGCCAGGGCGAAACGGCUGUCGACGCCUUGGAUGUGGACUUGCCUCGGAUGGAGGUCCUCUUCAACAUAGCCGAGCAGGUGCUUCACUUCCCCUACAUCUCGGAGAAGAACCUAUUGGAAAGCGGGUACCACACGAAUCGUGCUGCACCGGCGAGGGCGCCUGAGCUCUGUUUGGGCUUGUUCAAAGGUCGGGUGGCCACUGGUGUUGCAGAAGAUGGUAUUUUCGGUGAACGAUUGCAAGCUUCUAUUUACUGUCCGCCUGCAAAGCGGCCGGCCGAAGCAUUUGGCUGCUGCCUACCUCUCAUUUUCUUGCCUCUACUGCAUCAUCUACUUUUCGCGUUGUUGCCAUGGCUUAUUGGCACAGGCUCGCGGGCCUUCCAGGGACCGGUAGAUACGAUGUGCUGCAAUCUCAGCCCUGACAACGGGACCUUUUAG